AUGGACUAUGACUACCAUUCUGCCUACUGUUUGGGUCACUUCAUGAUUGACCUGGUGUACUACCUGCGUGGUGUGAUCUCCGAUGCUGAGGCCAUUGACACCUUUGCGGCAACCAUGGAUGGCGCUUCGCCUCAAUCUUCAGCUCCAAAGAGCCCUUCGUUGCCUCUCGAGCACGACCGAGCUCUACCGGCAGAUCCUCGACAUCCUCGCAGCCAAUCAACAUGGCCUUGCAACGGCUCUCACGAGCACAAGACCAAUGGCGGCAACGCUUCGGGCACUUGGUCGGACUGUGCAACAUGUGGCCUGAGGAUGAGCUACAUUCCUCGACAAGGUACUCCAGCGAAGUAUAUGACCCAGAAUGCCCCGGAGGUCAUCACCAAUGCCCUGAAGAUGCUGAAGGAGCACUUGACCGAGGACCAAAAGCCCAAUGCCAGCAUGGUGAAGACUUGCAUCAGGCUGGUGGAAUCUUCAAUGGCGAUCGAGACGCACAAGGCCAAGUUGACCCUGAUGGAGGCUCAUCACCAAAGCCUAAAAGCUCACCUCCAGCUGCUCCUUGCCGCGCCUGUGACCCAGCUGUGCGAGGAGGAUCAGAACGAGGCCCAGAGUCUGCUGUCAAUGCUGACCGGAGACGAAAUUGCCCGGCUGAGAGAGAUUGCUGCAGAACGAGUUCAAGUGUUUCCCAUGUCUCCGCCCGACUCCGAGGACAACAAUGAGCCUGAGGAUGCGUCUUUGGCUGGGGACUUUGAGCUUUUGCACUUUGUUGAGUCGAAGAUGAUUGGGAAUCCUACGGUUGGUGGCUCUGCAAAGUUUUGUGGCCUACCUUUGAAGAUUGGCCGUGCUGCAGCGUCCUUGAUGGCAAUGCUGAUGCUUCAUGCUCAAGUAGGACUUCAAGGUCUACUACGUGGAGAUGAACGGGUGGAUUGCUGGGAGCUCUUUUGCGCACCUGACAGCUGGCUGACCGCUGCCUGUCAAGCAUCAACCUUCACCAAGGCUAUGACUUAUACCAGCCUUGAGAAAGAUUCCACCGUGUCCAUUGAGCAAAAGCAGAACUUGGAGAAGUUCCGGCGCAAAGAACGAGCUAUGUUCAAGCUGCUCAUACCCUUCCUGUUGGAGAUGCUCACUGCAUACCCUGACACUGAGCUGUUCUGGGAAUGGCCUACAAGAUGCUAUGGCUGGAAAGAACCCUGGUUGGAAACUCUGCAACGUGAACUUCAUCGACUUGACCGUGAUUGGCUUUUUGGUCGAAUCGAUGGUUGCAGGUAUGAACUUCGCUCUCAGCUUGGACUUUUGCUGCAGAAGCGAUGGACUAUUGCCACAAGCUCCAACAGUUUCUUCCAGACCUACCGCAACAAAACAUGCGUGGGCAACAAUGACCACGACUAUGUGCAGGGACUGUACACCAGCCGCAGUGCCUACUACCCUUGGAAGAUGUGCAAGUCCAUUGCACAACACUGGCGCCGAGAACUUUAUCCUGAAAAGUGGCUUCAUCGACUUCACUCUCCACUACCUCUUCACCUCAACAUGGCUGAGCAAGAGCACACCUUGCGGUUGGACUUGAUGCCGCAGAUGCUCCAAGAUGAGCAACCUUCAGCACAAGAUCUUCGCACUUGGCAACUUCAACUUUUGAAAUAUCACAAAGCUGCUGGCCAUCCUAAUAACUACAACCUGGCCAGAAUAGUCAAGGACAGUGGUCGAGCCAAGUGGCAAGUUGAAGCUGCUCUCAAACUUCACUGCGAUGAUUGCCAUACUCUUCAACGUGGUGGUCAUUCAAGUGGCAAGAUCCCUCCAGCUUCCUUGAGAGCAACACCUUCAGCUUGGGAAAUGGUUGGACUUGAUGCCUUUGAAUGGAAUCCACCACACUCUGACAGGAAGUACAAGAUUCUUGCGUUCAUGGACUUUGCAACGCACUUCAAAGUCAUCCACGUGGUGAGAGAGUACGGCAUCAACCAACAACAAACUGAAUCAGCCCAAGAAGUACUGGAUGGACUUUAUCAGUGCUGA